UAAUUCAAAGCCGGUAUUGUACCGACUUCCAUUGAGCUUCUGUGCUGAACAUGUUGUGCUCCUCACUGGGACUCGUCCUCUCUGGGCGAGUUUUUCUGUUUGAAUAGUUAUUGAAUAAAACCCAGGUCUGAUUUUUAAAUAAAGAGACUGGUGCAAAGACAUUUCUCCAGGAACGAAAGAGCAGGAAAAAUGAUCUAUGGUCUGAACUGAUCAUGAGGAAAAUGGAAGGUCUGGAAAACAUUUUCUUUAUUUCUUUAUUUCCAACCUCGCUUCUCUUUCAGGAAGACGCUAGUUGUGGGAAGGGAGGGGAUCUUCUUACUUUUCGGUAAUCUCCAUUAAGUUCUAAAUCUGGAGCCUUUUAGCAGCAUAUACUAAUAAUAGGGAUUUGCAUGUUCAGGGGAACUUGGGCAUAGUUAUUUAAUCAAAAUUGAUUUAAUUAAAAUUUGGGCAUUCUUUACAGUACUCCAGUUGACAGGACAUCACAACUUAGAUCCCUGUUUUGCAUGUUAGUGACUUGUCUCUGACUGCCUUACUUUUUAAUACAAUUUAGAAAGUUUGAUCUACUCCCAGCCAUGACCUUAAGUUGACAAAUAGGUUGCUGUUUAAUUCUGGUGCUUCACUGUGUUUUCAAAACCACUCUUGACUUCCAAAUUCCUUUUUAAGGAGCCUUACCAACUGAUGAUGGCGGAGAAAUUUAUUGUUGAUAGCCCAGACCUGACUUACACCAAGGAUUACAUUGAGGCAGAAUAUCCCUAUCAGACCACACAGGUCUACGAAGAGAAUGGAACUAUUAAGUGUGAUCCUGGUGAUCUCAAGUGGAAGAAUUACUGGAAAACCAGUGUGUUGCUGGGUGAGGGUGUUAAACAUUACUUAGCUGGAGUUUUCAAUUAGCAACAUACUGUUUUGGAGCAGAAUCUUAAUGCAAAGGUCAUUAUGCCUAUGCUUGACUCUUCAUUACUAUCUGUUCCCAUUUCCCAGUGGCUUAGCCCUGUCAAAAAAAAAAGGCUUAUUACAGGGGAUGAGUGUCUGAUUUCAGAAUAUGGCAGAGAGAAAAAAAAGAGCUUUUGAUCCCAACAGCUGUUUCUCUGUUGAGAGGGAAAAAGUGGCACAAAAGAAGCAAACUCAAUUUCUAAUUACACUGGACAACAAAUAUUUUUGAAAGUGUUGCUUUUUUGGUUUAUGAAGCUGAACAAAAAUAUAAUUUCUGGCUACUUGUGUAUCACGUAUGAAUUUGGAGAAACAAGAAAUUAAUUGAAAGUAAUACAUUUAAUUGUACAAUAGUACUGAAGCUUUGCAAUAGUUCAAUGAAACUAAAUGAUUAGUUGAUUAUUUUCAUUUUUCUUGCUUAAGUGCCCAACGAUCAGCCAGCAUUGAUCGAUUCCAGUUGCCCUGGUACAGUUUCUCAGUGACCGCAAUGCCCUAGUGAAACUUUUUGUCGUGUUUGACACUGACUGUGCCAAGAUUUGCAGGGAGGAAGUCUAAAUUGGAAUGCUGGAAAUUAAUUUUCAGUGUUAUGUUGCACUUCAUGGUUUUGUAUGCUUGAAGUAUGUUGUCAACCAGCUGCACGUAGUUUGGUGCUCUUAGUUGCCAAGAAAAUUUUCAAUGAUUUUUCUCAGAAUCCUUCAUGGAAAUUUACAGCCUUUCUAUAACCAGUCCUGCCCAGAGCAUCUGCCCUGCCCAAGCAUGCCAGGGCAAACACAGAAAACCUACAGCACAAUACAGGCCCUUCGGCCCACAAAGUUGUGCCAAACAUGUCCCUACCAUAGAAAUUACUAGACUUCUCCAUAGCCCUCUAUCUUUCUAAGCUCCAUGUACCUAUCUAAAAGUCCUUUAAAAGACCCUAUAGUAUCCACCUCCACCACCGUUGCAGGCAGCCCAUUCUACGCACAUAUAGAAAACUUUUUAGCUUGCAUUGUGGGCAAUGUUUUAAUUAACUUGGAUUAUAAAUUGAAAUAACAAAUGUGUAGGAUUUUUUAAAAAUGGUCUCUGAUAGGGAAAUUUCAUAGUGGUUUUUUCCAUGAUUAGCAGCAUAAAAUUCAUGAGGUAUAUCCAGAAGUAUUCAGGGAGCAAAGUCUUUGUUGUCCAGUGUUAUUUGAAGCAGUAAUUGCUGUAAUGGCCCAGUUUGUAAAGUUUGAGUGCAUUCCCAAUAACUCGGUUUUCUCAAUAGCAAUUGUUGCAAACUUCAUUUAUCCAUGCAGCCUUCACAUAUUGCAGCCUUGUGCAUCUGUAAAGAGUAAUUAGCUGAAAGAUUAACCAUCACCUUCUGUCAUGCUAUUUCAGAAGUUGUUUCCCAUGCUGUAGGACAGUAUAAUGGAGGCCCACCAGCCAGUCAGACCCUUCAAAAGCUUAAUUUUUAAUCUUUGACUGAAUUCACAGCAGAACAACUGUGGAAACCCUGGUUAAUACAGUAAUUAAGGUUUUACAAAAAUAAUCCAACAUGUUAAGUAUGUGUUUUGAAUAUUUUUAACUGAGCCUUUAGAAUGUACCGUGGUGCUUUAAUUCUUUUAUACAGUGAAGGAAUAGCAUGCAUGAAAUUGCUUCAUAACAGUUUUAUUUGAAUGGCCAGAUCACAGCUGCCUUUUCAUUCAAUCACUUAGGAAUGACUUCUCGGGCGUCCAUUGGUUUUGAUGGUGUAUCAGUUGCCUGUUUGAAGCAGAACCCUGAACACUGCAUCUACAAACAUGUGUUUAAUCCUUGGUGUAUGGAAGUUGUGUACAAUGUGUUAAAUUGCUUUCCUCUGAGAAGCUGGUUCCUUCCAAACUGAAUAGAUAAAGCACGUUGUUUUGAUGUUUAUCUGUUCUGCUCUCAGGUGGAUUAAAAGAUCCCACGACGCUAUUUUGAAGAAGAGCAGGGAAAUUAAUCCCGGUAUCCAGGUCAAUAUUUAUCCCUCAACAAAUGCCUUUUUAUAAAAAGUUAUCUGGUCAUUAUUGAAUACUGGCACUUGUUGUAUUAACUAUAUUACAUCAGCGAAUACACGCUUUUUAAAAAAAAGUUCAUUGGUUAUAUGCACUUUGUAAAUGUACUGAGAUCAUAAAAGAUGCAGUAUAAUUGCAAGCCUUUUGUGUUAUUUCCAAACAGGAAAAUAUAAAUAAAUUCCCAUAUUGGUCAGUCCCAAAACCAUUAUAGGUUACUACGUUUUAUUUGAAAACAAAGACCAUUGCUUCCUCCGUCAGAAGAUUCCAGUUAGAUUAUGAGCUGUCUUUCAGUGAUCUAAAUUCUGGAUCCAUUCAAACAGAAAAUGUUCAGUAGUGAACAGCUACUUGGAGCAACCUGAAUGCCAGUAUUUCUUCUCCUUAAUCUGCAAACCAAAUAUGGUUGUUUUAUUUUCCUGUUGUACUUUGGCUACGUUUAACUUAUUAAGCACAUGUCCUGUUGUGGUUAAUGCUGCUUGUGACAUUUCUAGGUAAAAUAAAGUCGUUUGAUCCCGAGCGUUAAGGUGACAGAUCAUAAAUCGUGUCUGACUAUGUUUUGGUAGCAAUGGGUGAGAUUUUUUCUGCAAUAUUUCUAGUUUUAAGCAUUGCUAGGGAGCCCUUUUAAGAACAUUUCAAUAUUCCAUCAGUUGAAUGCAUUUUGCUAGAGAAAUAUUGUGAUUUCAUUAGCAAGUCAAAUAUAAUUUGGGUAAUACUGGUUGGGCCUGAUAAGGACUCCAUUUCAUCAAACUUUAGUUUUGUGGGUUUACAUUUUUUUUUUCUGGGUUGGUUAGAUUUCUUCCUCUUUCUUUCUGUCACAAUAUGCAGUUUUCUUUCUCUCUCAGAAUAUGCAGUUUACUUUCACACAUGUAAAGAUGUUUUGAAUCUCUUCAAUAUACCAUAGGACCUGGUUUCAUAAAGAAUCCUUUCUUGUGAGAUGUUCAUCCAGGUCUCCCUCUGCCUUGUUCUUGUACCUGCUUGAAUACAGUUCAACUUGGGAUUUCUCAAUCCCCAUUUUAGUAUUGAGUGCAUCUUCAUCCAAGGCCAUAUUUUCAUUCUUACUCAUCAAGGCAAAUAGUGGGGAAAGCUUGCGUACAGCUGCUGCACCAGCCUUGUUGUGGCUUUUAGAGUUGACUUGUCGCCAGAAGGGGCGAAUGCUGACUCUGAAAUCCAUUGCCAAAGCUUGACAAGCCUACUUGCCUUGAUGGAAAUGGAGUUUGGAUUUUAUUUUAAAUGAUCUGUUUGUGUUUGGGCUCUGACUAGGUGAAGCCAUGCUCAACCAAAUUCACCUUCCGCACGGAGAGAAAUGUGCCAAAGCUUGGCGUGAUGCUAGUUGGAUGGGGUGGUAAUAAUGGCAGCACUGUAACGGCAGCAGUUCUGGCCAACAAGUUGGGACUUCACUGGAUGACCAAAACAGGAAAGAAGGUUGCUAACUACUAUGGAUCCCUGUUUCAAGCCUCAACAGUAUGCAUCGGAGCUGGUCCUGCUGGGGAUAUCUACAUGCCUUUCAAAGACCUGUUGCCUACCGUGAAUCCAAAUGAUAUAGUUUUUGAUGGCUGGGAUAUCUCGUCAAUGAAUCUUUGUGAUGCCAUGGAGAGAGCUCAGGUCCUGGACUGGCAACUUCAAGAACAGCUGAGGCCUCACAUGAGAAAGUUCCAACCUCGGCCUUCUGUUUACCUUCCAGAAUUCAUUGCUGCUAAUCAGGGAGCACGGGCAGAUAAUGUACUUCACGGUUCCAAAAAGGAGCAGGUGGAGCAAAUUAGGAAAGAUAUCAGGGACUUCAAGGCAAAGAGCGGCGUUAACAAAGUGAUUGUUCUAUGGACAGCAAAUACGGAGCGCUUCUGUGAAGUUUCUCGUGGAGUAAAUGAUACAGCAGGAAACUUAAUGAAGACAAUUGAGUGUGGAGGAGAGGUAUCACCAUCAUCUAUGUUUGCUGUGGCCAGCAUUUUGGAGGGCUGUGCCUACAUCAAUGGUUCACCACAGAACACCUUUGUGCCAGGAGUCAUUGAUCUUGCCAUCAAACACAAGGUGUUUAUUGGGGGUGAUGACUUCAAAUCUGGCCAGACUAAAAUCAAGUCUGUUCUGGUGGAUUUUCUGGUCAGUGCUGGACUAAAGACUGUCUCAAUUGUCAGUUAUAACCAUUUGGGCAACAACGAUGGGAAGAAUCUUUCUGCCCCAGAACAGUUCAGGUCAAAGGAGAUCUCAAAGAGCAAUGUUGUAGACGACAUGGUUCAAUCCAAUCCUAUUCUGUACAGGCCAUCUGAGAAGCCAGACCAUUGUGUUGUAAUUAAAUAUGUCCCGUACGUUGGAGAUAGUAAGCGUGCAAUGGACGAGUAUACAUCUGAGAUCAUGAUGGGAGGCACCAACACCAUUGUCCUCCAUAACACUUGUGAGGAUUCCCUGCUUGCCAGUCCUCUUAUUCUGGAUCUGGUAAUCCUGACUGAGCUCUGCCAAAGGAUAACAUUCCGAACUGAAUCAGACACAGAAUUUCAAACAUUCCACAGCGUUCUCUCAAUUCUCAGCUACCUCUGCAAGGCCCCAGUGGUGCCAAAUGGAACACCAGUUGUUAAUUCUCUUUUCAGGCAAAGGACAUGUAUUGAAAAUAUUUUGAGGGCCUGUCUGGCUCUUCCUCCUCAGAACCACAUGCUCCUAGAACACAAGAUGCAAAGAAGUUUCAUGAGUACCCGGUUAAAUGACCACUCGGCAGCUCAGCCUGUACCUCACAAAACUGCAAAACUUAACAGCAUCCUCAACAAGAACCAUAUCAUAAAUGGUUAUACAAACGGCUGUGUUAAUUAACUUUACAGAUAAUAUUGAAACAUUGUCGGGUUAUUUCUGAUCAUCUAAGCUUUUGGAUAAUGGAUCAGAACUAUUCUACAUCUGUAUUUGAUGUUCUCCUUAACUAUUGUUACAUAUUACAACCAUCCAAGAUAUGGGGCUGUUUAUAAACCUAGUUUAUUGUUGGAAGUGCGGGAUAUGGGAUAUAGUUUUAAUUUUAAAUGUAUUAAUAACCCAUUUGUCUCAAGUUGUUUUCUACCAAGAGCAUGAUCUAAAGAGUUAACGAGAUGCUAGGAACUCUAAAAUAAAAUCCUUCAUCUUGA